AUGUCUGAAACUAAGAACUUCCUCGUCUUUGGUGCCACUGGUAAACAAGGGAGUGCAGCCGUACAAUGGUUGUCCAAAUCCGAUACAUCUGCUUCAAUCUAUGCAGUAACGCGAGAUACUUCUUCCGCUAAGGCUCAAUCCCUCUCUUCAUUACCAAACGUCAAACUCGUUCAAGGUGAUUCAUCCGAGCCCGAGAAAGUGUUUUCUCAAGUUCAAGACAAAAUCGACGGGCUGUUUUUCCUUUCUGUAGGAUUCGAUUCUCAAGCUCAAAUCAAGGAAGGCAAAGAGGUCGUUGAUCUUUCAGUCCAAUACGGAAUCAAACAUUUUGUUCUGUCAAGCACCGAUUACAACGGAUACAGAAAUAAAGAUACUGAUAUUUCAUCGAUCGAAGCCAAAAAGACCAUUGAAGAUUACCUCACAUCAUCCUCAUUGAAUUAUACGAUUAUUCGACCAGUUGGAUUUUUGGAAAACUUGUAUUUCCCAGGAUACGCAGAUGCCAUUCCUCAUUUCUGGCCAGCCCAAUUACUUAAAUCUGGUAUAUCUUCUUCCGAUAUCGGUAGAGCAGCUUCCGAAAUUCUUAUCGACCCUACUCCAACCAAAUUCAAUAACCAAGUCAUAGGUUUAAGUGGACAUGAAGGAAAACCCGAAGAUUGGAUGAAAGUAUGGCAACAAGUCAAUGGUGAAGAUCUGAGGAACAGAGAAAAGAAAAUGGGUAAUAUGCCUGAAGAAAGAAUGAAGUUACUCAAAUUUAUCAUGUUCAACGAGAAUGACGCUAGAGUUGCAGAGACCAAGGCUCUCUUCCCCUGGGUAACUGAUUUGAAGACAUUCUUGGAAUCUGGAAAGAAAGCACAAUAG